AUGGACAAACUCAACGAAACCCUGGGCUCCUUCACCGGUAGCGGCUCCGGCAACCAAGAAGGCCAGCAGCAGCCGCAACAGACUGGCGAGCAGAAGUCCGAGGGCGGCUUCCUUGGUGGCAUUGGCGACAAGCUGAACUCUGCGGCUGGUGGUGGCCGAGAGAGCGAGAAGAACGAGGACUACCUCGACAAAGGUGUCGACUUCGUCCAGGAGAAGUUCUUGGGGCAGGGAGCACAGGACAACGAGAGUGCUGUUGAGCAGGCGAAGGACGAGCAGAUCAGCGACUUCAUUCGCAAGCAGUACAAGAGUACUACUGGCUCAGACGUUCCCAUUGCGGAUAAGGAGACGAAGCUGGGCUGA